AUGGCUGUUGCUGAAGCCAUGUCCCCACUUGUUAACCUCACCUCCGGCAACCAGAGCAGCUGCAAUGUGCACAACCACCACUUCUCUGCCAAAAUCACCUUCUCCCUCCUCUACACCACCCUGCUGGUCUUCGGCUCCUGCGGAAACAUCCUGGCCCUCUGCAUCACCUUCCAGCGCAGGAAGAAGAAACUAAACUCCACCGACCUCUACUUGGUGAAUCUGGCCCUGUCUGAUGCCCUCUUCACCCUGGCACUGCCGGGCAGGAUUGCCUACUACAUCCUGGAGUUUGAUUGGCCCUUUGGGGAUUGGUUCUGCCGGGUUACAGCCUUCAUUUUCUACAUGAACACCUAUGUGGGCAUCUACUUCAUGACCUGUGUCAGUGUGGACCGCUACAUCGCUGUGGUGCGCACCAGGCACCCUGGCAGGAUCCGGAGGAUGAGCCGUGCCAGGGGUGUCUGCAUCUUCAUCUGGUUCGUGGUGUUCCUGCAGACAGCGCCGCUGCUUCUGCGGCCCAUGACACGGAGGAUGGGGGACAAGCUGACGUGCAUGGAGUACUUCAACUUCGAGGAGGUGCCCAAGCUGCCCUACCUGCUCUUGGGGGCCUGUGUGCUUGGCUUCUUCUUGCCUGUGGGCAUCAUCUUGGUGUGCUAUGUGCAGAUCAACCUCAAGCUCUGCCGGACGGCCAGGGAGAACCGACUGCCAGUGAAGAACGGGCACCAUCGCCGGGCCUUCACUGUCAUCCUGGUGGUGCUGUUGGCUGUCCUGCUGUGCUUCAGCCCUUACCACCUCAACAUCAUCCAGUUCAUGGUCAGGAAGAUCCUGUAUCAGCCGUCCUGCCACGAGCAGCAAGCCUUCAAGAUGUCCCUGCAAGUCACCGUGGCAUUCAUGAACCUCAACUGCUGCAUCGACCCUGUCAUCUACUUCUUUGCCUUCCGGGGCUACAAGCGGAGACUGCUCCGCAUAUUCAGGAACAGCGGCUCCACGGCCACCUCCUCCACUGCCAAGACCCCAUCAGAGAGCAACAGCAACAGCCAGCCACCCGGCUCCGUGUCCGUCUAG